GUGCCGGAAAUCCCGCACAGCCUGGAAAGGCGGAUGUGGGCGUCUGGAGUUGCGGAGCUCCGUUUGUCCGUGCAGAGCCCUCGCAUAGGGCCUCAUACCCUGGGUCUCUCCGGCGGAGCUACUCUCCUGUACGUGUCUGUGGCACGCGGGUGGAGCACUGAGCCUGGGGCUCCCCUCGCCUGGCCACUCACCUCCACGGCUGUGCAGGGGCGGCGGGAUGGAUAGGUUCCUGGUGAGGCCCGACCCGGGCGACCGCAAAGAGGGAAGGGAGGAGCCAGUCCCAUCGGGAGGAGCCUCGGGCGGCCAGUCGAGCUCCAACUGGCGGCACCUUCGUGCUCAAGGUCUGAAUUGUGAUUACACCAUCCUGUUUGGCAAAGCCGAGGCAGACGAGAUCUUCCGAGAGUUGGAGCAAGAAGUGGAGUAUUUUACCGGUGCACUGGCCCAGGUCCAAGUGUUUGGAAAAUGGCACAGCGUUCCCAGGAAGCAGGCAACCUAUGGAGACGCUGGGCUGACAUACACCUUUUCUGGUCUUACACUGACACCGAAGCCCUGGAUUCCAGUUCUAGAGCGUGUUCGAGAUCGGAUCUUCGGGGUGACAGGGCAGACCUUCAACUUUGUGCUCAUUAACAGGUACAAAGAUGGUUGCGACCACAUUGGGGAACACAGGGAUGAUGAAAGAGAACUGGCUCCUGGGAGUCCUAUUGCAUCUGUCUCCUUUGGGGCUUGCAGAGACUUCCUCUUCCGGCACAAAGACUCUCGAGGGAAGAGACCCCGGCAGACAGUGGAGGCGGUCAGGCUGCAGCUGGCCCAUGGAAGCCUGCUGAUGAUGAACCACCCCACCAAUACCCACUGGUACCACAGUCUCCCCAUCCGCAAGAAGGUCCUGGCUCCUCGGGUCAACUUGACUUUUCGGAAAAUUUUACCUACUAAGAAAUAAAACAUUUUUUAUUUAUUA